GAGUGUCACUUUACAUGUAUUGUUUUGCAACUUGUGGUGUUAUGUUUGGCCGAAAUUUAUUUUAAAGUUACUCAUAACACUAACUUAAAACGAGUCUGCUGCAGUCAUAACUUUAUCUAGUGUUUGUUGUCAUUUCAUGUGAUGUCAGACAACGAAGAAAACCUACAUCGCUUAGAGGGGACAUCUUCGGAUGGACCCUCUGGUUUAAUCAUUAAAAAGAAGGAUAAACCACCCGAUUUUCAAUUUGCUAAGCCUUCUCUAUUAGGCUUAGAUAAGUUGGCGGCAGCUAAGAGGAAGCAAAAUCGCCUUAUAUCGUUUCAAAAUGAGGAAAUCGAAGGUGAGGAUACGGAUAAUAAAGAAGAUGCCGCAGGUAUAAAGGAUAGGAAAUACAGGCGGCAUAAUGAAGAAACCCCAACAUAUACUGGCGGACUGUCUGAACAGGCUAGAGAACGAAUGCUUGAACGAUUGCAAAAAAAAGAAAGAGAAACAAGGGAGAAAGGUGUGCAUUAUUCAACACAAGAAGAAAAGAGAUCUCGUUCCAAGGAUCAAAAUGAUGACUUAUUCUAUCGUCACCAAUAUGAGAGACGUGACAGAGAUAGAAAGGACAGGGAUAAGUCUGGUGGAAGAAAUGACAGAGAUAGGAUGGAUAAAGAUAGACACAGGGAUUCUGAUAGGAGAGACAAGGAUAGAAGGGAUCGUGAUACAGACAGAGAUAGCUCUAGAAGGAGUUAUUAUGAACCAAGAUUUAAAGAUGAACCACGGACUCCCAGCAUUAAGGUACUCAAACCAACUGACAAAACUGCAUGGGACGAUGAUGACGAUGACCCUAGAGCUGUCCGCAAAUCAAGCUGGGACUUUCCUACUCCACUGCCAAGAGAUGGGCCUGAUAGAUCUACACGUAGUGAUCGACGACCGAUGCGGGAUUACAAGGGAAGGCCAUAUGAUGAUACAGUUAGGGCUACACCACAUAAGUGGGUGAGUUCUCGACGUGGCUUAGAUGUUGACGACCCUGAAUGGCAAGAAGCUGAAAAAAAACUAGACAGAGCUUGGUACAAUAUGGGUGAAGGCGAAACUGACGAAUCGGAUCCGUUUGCGGGAACGAGCGCCGAAUAUGUAGCCCGUAAAGAGGAACAGAUAGAAAAGAGAAGAAAUCGCAAAGUCUCUGCAGCGAGGCAACAAAUAGACAAGGACAACGAGCUGUGGGAGCGAAACAGAAUGCUUACGAGUGGUGUAGUUCACGCUAUUAACAUUAACAAUGAUUUGGAUGAGGAAAGUGUGGAUCGCGUGCAUCUCCUAGUGCAUAACAUUGUGCCCCCAUUUUUGGACGGAAGAAUAGUAUUCACUAAACAACCAGAACCUGUCAUACCGGUAAAAGACCCAACAUCCGACAUGGCGAUGAACGCUCGCAAAGGCUCGGCAUUGGUCAAGGCGUUCAGGGAACAGAAAGAGAGAAGAAAGGCUCAGAAGAAACACUGGAAAUUAGAAGGGACUAAAAUCGGUAACAUAAUGGGUAUCCAGAAACAAGAAGAGGAGAUCGAAGAUGGCCCGACUAAAGAGGCUUACAAAUAUGCUGAGCAUUUGGACAAAGCACAGGCUCAAGAGCCAGAAUCGAAGUCAGAUUUCGUGAAGAAGAAGACCAUAUCCGAGCAACGACGCUUUCUACCAGUGUUUGCUGUCAGGGAGGAGUUGAUGCAGGUCAUACGUGAAAACAGCGUCAUCAUUAUUGUCGGCGAGACCGGCAGCGGCAAGACGACGCAGCUGACGCAGUACCUGCACGAGGAGGGCUACAGCGCGCGCGGGGCCAUCGGCUGCACGCAGCCGCGCCGCGUCGCCGCCAUGUCCGUCGCCAAGCGCGUCUCCGACGAGAUGGGCGUCCGCCUCGGGGAGGAAGUCGGCUACGCCAUCCGUUUCGAAGACUGCACGUCCCCCAACACGGUGAUCAAGUAUAUGACGGACGGUAUCUUACUGAGGGAGGGUCUCCGUGAACCGGACCUGGACCAGUACUGCGCUGUUAUCAUGGACGAGGCCCAUGAACGUUCUCUCUCCACGGAUAUGCUGUUCGGUCUACUGAGAGAGGUAGUCGCAAGGAGAUCUGACUUGAAAUUGAUCGUGACUUCAGCGACCAUGGACUCCACCAAGUUCUCGACGUUCUUUGGUAACGUGCCAACAUUCACGAUUCCUGGACGAACGUUUCCAGUCGAGACGUUCUUCGCUAAAAAUGUAUGCGAGGACUACGUCGAUGGUGCUGUCAAACAAGCUCUUCAAAUUCACUUACAACCCGAUGACGGCGAUAUCCUGAUAUUCAUGCCUGGUCAAGAAGACAUUGAAGUCACAUGUGAGGUGCUCACCGAACGUCUUGGAGAUCUCGACACAGCUCCACCGUUAACAGUCCUACCGAUAUACUCCCAACUUCCGGCUGACCUGCAAGCGAAGAUAUUUCAACGCGCUCCACCUGGACAGAGGAAGUGCAUUGUCGCUACCAAUAUUGCUGAAACGUCUCUUACCGUGGACGGUAUUAUGUACGUCAUCGAUUGUGGCUACUGUAAGUUGAAAGUGUACAAUCCCAGAAUCGGUAUGGACGCCUUGCAGAUAUACCCAGUUAGUCAAGCAAAUGCUCGACAAAGAGCCGGGCGAGCUGGUAGAACCGGUCCAGGCAAGGCUUUCUGCCUCUACACGCAAAGGCAGUUCCAGCAGGAGUUGCUUCCAGCCACCGUUCCCGAAAUACAGAGAACUAAUCUGGCUAAUACCGUCCUCUUGCUAAAGUCUCUGGGAGUUGAAGAUCUUUUAGCUUUUCACUUUAUGGACCCACCCCCUCAGGACACGAUCCUGAACUCCAUGUACCAGCUGUGGAUCCUGGGCGCGCUGGACGGCACGGGCGCGCUCACGGCGCUCGGCCGCCAGAUGGCCGAGUUCCCGCUCGACCCCCCGCAGUGCCACAUGCUCAUCGUGUCCGCCGAGAUGGGUUGCAGUGCGGAAGUGCUCAUUAUCGUGUCAAUGUUGUCUGUGCCGACGGUGUUCUACCGCCCCCAAGGGCGGGAGGAGGAAGCCGACUCGGUGAAAGAAAAGUUCCAAGUACCAGAAUCUGAUCAUCUCACGCUCCUGCACUUGUAUAACCAGUGGAAGUCCAACAACUACUCGAGCUCGUGGUGCACGGAGCACUUCGUGCACGCGAAGGCGCUGCGCAAGGUGCGCGAGGUGCGCCAGCAGCUGCGCGACAUCCUCACGCAGCAGCGCCUGCCGCUCGUGUCGUGCGGCACCGACUGGGACACCGUGCGCAAGUGCAUCUGCUCCGCGUAUUUCCAACAAGCCGCUCGUCUGAAGGGUAUCGGCGAGUACGUCAACUGCAGAACGGGCAUGCCCUGCCAUCUGCACCCCACUUCGGCGCUCUUCGGCCUCGGAAACUCCCCGGACUACGUGGUGUACCAUGAGUUGAUGAUGACCACGAAGGAGUACAUGCACUGCGUAACCGCGGUGGACGGUCGCUGGCUCGCAGAGCUCGGACCCAUGUUCUUCUCUGUCAAGGAGACUGGCAAGUCAAAUCGUGACAAGCGCAAAGAAGCAGCGGUACAUCUGCAACGUAUGGAGGAAGAAAUGAAGCAAGCUGAAUUGAAAAUGGCGGAAGAAAAGAAGAAGAAAGAGCAAGAAGUUCCCGUCAAGCAGGAGAUCGCCACGCCCGGACUCAGCACGCCUCGUCGGACUCCGCAUCGGCUCGGAUUGUAACGCAAUUCGAGAUAUUUUUAAUCAAUUUUCGUAGUAAUUAUUAAGAAUCAAUCACAGUAGUAUUUUAUUAGGUUAAUUUUCCAUUAUUUAUAUUACAGUGACAACUAUUUUCCAUUAAAAAAAUUUUGACUGACAAAAUCAGUUUUAAAAGAUUUUUUGACUAUGAAACUAUUAAUUAUUGUGCGAUGUAGAUUCUACUAAGAAGAACCAGCAAGAGACUCAUUAUGGUAGCUCACACUCUAGGAAUACGGCAUAUUUAUUGAUGUUUCAAGUUUAAUAAUUGUUUUGUUGAUAUGUUAUAAAUGCCUGCUGAAUUUGCCUAUGGAAGAUUACAUUGGACGGGAAGAAUUAAUUAAUAUUACAAAAACCGAAAGUCAAUUAAUCCUACUAUAAUCCCAUUUUUUAUCCGUAGUUUGGCGGACGAGCAUAUGGACCACCUGAUGGUAAAUGGUCACCGCCGCCCAUAGAUAAUGGCGCUGUAAGAAAUAUUAACCAUUCCUUACAUCGCCAAUGCGCCACUA